AUGGUAGGCGUCAUGGAUACAAUCUCUGACGGGAAGGAGAAUACUCCAGAGGAGGCGAAAAGGAAUGAAGAAGAGAAAGAAGAGGUUCUGUGUACAUCUAUUAGUCUGGAUACUUCACCCCAGAAAGACAUCACACAACAUCUAUAUACGGCUGUACACGAUGGGGUCUUUGGCAGUACCUUUGAUCUCCUUCACGAUGUGCAAAUAGAGCAAGAGACAACACUGCAGGCUAUUACAAAAGUGAAGAGUGAACUGAGUGAGAGAGAGGCGGAAAUGCAAGAGAUAAACAAAGUCUUUGAAAAGAUGCAGUUGUACGUACAUAAACUCGGUAUCAUGCGGAACAAUAUGGAGAUACUGGAUGCGAAUAUGGCGAAAACAAAACGAAUGGUGGAAGGAAUUCGUGAAAGACUACAGAAAACGUCUGAAUGGGGUCCUGAGUAA